AUGUCUGACCCGGAGCCAUCGGUGGCUGCCGCUUCGUCCUCGCCAUCUCUCCCGGCCACCGAAUGCAAUGCCUUGAACUACGCCUUCCUCGUUCACUCCCAGAAAACUCUCACCCAAAACCUCCCACCGCGCGUCGAUAACAAGCUACUGGCUCGCCAAAAACGACGCCGAACGAGUCCCGAAGAUCAUGCAAUUCUAGAGACCGAGUACCAGAAAGAUCCUAAGCCGGACAAGGUUGCUCGCGCGAAUAUUGUGAAUCGCGUCUCGCUCGGCGAGAAAGAGGUCCAAAUCUGGUUUCAAAAUCGCCGCCAGAACGAUCGACGGAAAUCACGACCCCUCCAGCCACACGAACUGCUUGCUCCUCGAUCGAGUAUGUCGGACUCUGUGGGACAUCCUUCUAGCGAUGAUAACGCGUCCGCGGAACCUGGGUCGUCGAGUGGGGCAGAGCAGGUCGACAACCAAGACCGACCGGGGGAAUCCAGGCCAAAAUCGUGGGGUGGCGAGCUGUUGCAGUUAUCUGAUGACUUGGAGCCAGUGACAAGUGAGAGGGAGGAGCCUGAGCUGCCACCGCAGAGCACACAAACAAGCGUCGCAACCGCAGAUUCUUUGGACGAUACCCCGCCGACCACGCAGGAAGAAUUCCCCGGAGCGAUUUCAGGACACAACGCGAACGAGACAAUACUGGAGGAGUCAGUAACGGCACCGACACGGAAGCGAUCGAUUUCUGAGUUUCAGGAUGAGGGGGUAUCACAAGAAGAGCCACGCACAGAUCAUGUCAUGUCAACACCAACCAAGUCACCACCCUCACUACGACUGUCCAUGUCGUUUGAUGGAGAAGCCAUGGUAAGAAAGGAAGACGAGAUGACUCCGUCGCCGCCCAAGGGUCGAAACUCAUUGCGAAUUGCCAUGUCGUCCGAUGGCAAGGCCGUCAUACGUGCAGAGAAUGAACCGUCCCCAUCCAAGAACAGAGUGGCUAUGUUCUCAGUACGCCGCACAAAACUCUCAGGCUUGCGUCGCAGUAGUAGUGCAAUCUUCCCAACCACGCCGCGAGCAGGCAUGACUGAGAAUGAUCGCGCCUUUGGCCGAUCGCGUGAUCCUCGCAAUUGGGAAUCAUUCUUUGACACAGACGCGCGGAGCGCCCUAUCCACACCUGCCAGCUCCCAGACUGCGCCAAACCCCCACUCAUCUCCUAGCCUCUUCCAAUCCCGCGGUCCGCGUUCCCUCACCCGCAGUGCGUCGACAAGACAUAGUCUCCUCUCCGCCCACGCCGACCUUUCCCGUACCCCUAUUUCACAGGCGAUGGGAGAAAAGCGACGAAGGCUUUCUCGCACUGUUUCAUCUAUGGGCAGGUUAGAGACUGAGCGCAACCGCUUCAACUCUCAUUCCAAGCUGUCCAAGUUCACCACGCCUUCAAAGCCCGGCAAACUGGAUCUGGAGUUGGAUCCUGGUGACUCAGAUAAGGAAAAUUGGGUCCCAGGAACUCGUGCAUCUCAAGUUCGCCGUCGGACAUCAUCUCAUACUACCCGCCCUGCUCUGCGUGACGCAAACCGGAAUCACGGGUUAGGGCUGACAAACGGGAAACGCAACCGACCAUUCGCUGGCGCGCAGGGCAAGGCCCCGCCAGAACUGAGUGCAGAGGUUUCUGCAUUCAUGUCUGGCGGUACAGGAGAUAGCCAAGAAGAUGAUUUGGACUGUGUCCAGGGGCUCCUUUCCUUGAGUCAAGGGGCGUGGCGAUAG